GAGUCCAGUGCAUAACUGCAACAUUUUUUAUUAAAAACCCAAACGUUCUGUGACGUGAUCUUCCAAUAAAGUGAAUUGUGAAUUGGAUUUAUAUAGCAAUAUUUAGUAAUAAAUGGUGGAUCAGUUGUUCAUAAUUUAAGUGAUAAUAUUUACAAACAUCAUGUCCGGAGGUCACAAGCAUCGUUACAAGACAGCAGGAUUAAGUGCUGAUGAAUUGCGACGUCGGCGUGAAGAGGAAGGGGUCCAACUUAGAAAACAAAAACGGCAACAACAACUAUUUAAACGUCGAAAUGUUAAAAUGCCUAGCCCUUAUGCCACUGAUGCGCCUUUACAGGAGGACAUUAGUAUUACAACAUCUGAUGACAUCACACAAGAGAUGGUGGCGGCGCUGUAUGGAGACAAUCCUCUAGAGCAAAUUUCAGCAACACAAAAAUUUAGAAAACUACUCAGUAGAGAACCGAAUCCACCGAUCGAUGAUGUCAUAAGAACUGGAAUAGUCCCUCAAUUUGUAAAAUUCUUAAGAAACAAUUCAAAUCCUACAUUACAGUUUGAAGCUGCAUGGGCCCUGACGAACAUAGCAUCUGGUUCAUCGGAACAGACCUGUAUAGUUGUGGAGUGUGGUGCUGUUCCAGUACUGGUACAGUUGGCCAGCGAGGGUCGUGAUGAGGUUCGUGAGCAGGCUGUCUGGGCGCUCGGCAACGUUGCGGGGGAUUCGCCCCGCUGUCGUGACGUCGUGCUGGCUGCGGGCUUACUGCCGCCUCUGCUCGAUAUUCUAAACAAAUAUUCUAAACUAUCAAUGAUUAAGAACGCUGUUUGGACCUUAUCAAAUCUUUGUAGAGGAAAGAAUCCUCCGACGAACUUUGAAGCUGUAGCUCCAGGUAUACCAGUAUUGGCGAGACUCCUGCAUCAUACGGAUGCUGAUGUAUUAAGCGACGCGUGUUGGGCCCUCUCAUACUUAUCGGACGGACCCAACGAGAAGAUACAGGCUGUAAUCGACGCUGGAGUGUGUCGCCGACUCGUAGAGUUACUUAUGCACAAUAAGUACACAGUAGUGUCAGCGGCCCUGCGUGCGGUUGGCAAUAUUGUAACUGGCAACGACGCCCAGACCCAAGCCGUACUGAACUGUAACCCGCUACCGAGUCUACGAGCACUGCUACGGUCCUCUACGGAGACGCUACGGAAGGAGGCCUGCUGGUCGCUGUCCAAUAUAACGGCUGGCAACGCAGCACAGAUACAGACGGUAAUAGACGCAGAUAUUAUACCAAUUUUGAUAGAAAUAUUAAAAUCAGCCGAAUUUAAAACAAGAAAGGAAGCUGCUUGGGCGAUAACCAAUGCUACAAGUGGUGGGACGCACACACAGAUAUGUUAUUUGGUGGAACAAGGUUGUAUACCACCCUUAUGUGAUCUCCUGACUCUGACCGACACCAAGACUGUACAAGUGGCGCUCAACGGACUCGAAAAUAUAUUAAAGGCUGGACAAUCAUAUCGUAGGAAUCCAUUCGCAACACUUAUUGAAGAAUGCUUUGGUGUGGAUAAGAUCGAGUUCCUUCAGUCACAUGAGAAUUUGGAGAUUUAUCAGAAAUCGUUUGAGAUCAUUGAGAAUUAUUUCGGUUCUGAGGGUGAAGACGUACGACUAGCGCCUGACACAUCCGCCGACACCUUCACCUUCAAUGCUGAGCAUGCCGUACCCACUGGAGGGUAUCAGUUCUGAAUGUUUAUGGACCUAGCAGCUUGCUAUCGACUAGUGAACAAACUACCUACUUCAGAGUAAUUAUUUUUUGCACCUAUUAUGCCGUAGUUUAGUACAUUAUAUUAAUUUAUAUCACAAAUUAUUAAAAAAAAAAUCAUAAUAUCCUCGCCUUAAAUUUUUUCGCUCUGUAGAUAACGUCAGUAGUAUAUUAAUUUUAUAUAUAUAUUCAUAUAUACUAUAUAUAUAUACUAUACACAUAUUUUAUUGGCCUUCAUUACAGCCUCUGUUAAACUAAAAGUUCAUUGUUGUGAUUAAACUUUUAAAUUAGUUAAUAUGGUUUAAUUGAUAGUAUCGACACAUGUUUUUAUUUUGUUGAAAUGUACGCUUUAUAGAAAAUAAAUUUUUUAAACACAAAAAAAAAACAUUAUUUUCAUAUUAUUUUAUAUUUGGUUCGUUCGCCUGCUAUUAUGACGUUCAUAUUAAAAACAAUAGACCAACUAAUUUCUAUGCCUCUAUAUUCAUCACCAUUUUGUGCAAUUCGUAAUGUGUCUAUAUAUAAAAUAAUUUGCUAGUAGAUAUACUAGACUCGCAACGAUAACUAUAUUCGGCUAUACACCGAAUAUUUCAGAAUCGACGUGGCCGAUUAACUGAAUAUUCUGCCAUUUAAUCGGCCAGUGUGUGGCGCCAAAUUUUAAUCAAUUUAAUUGUUUCUUUUAUGUCACUAAGACUUAAAUUGUUGUAUUUAUUUGAUUUUAGAACUCUACAAAUUUUAAUCGAACAAAUCAACUUAUCGUAUUAUUUAGACAAGCUUUUGUAUCAUAUGAAUUAUUAGUUGCCAGUAAACGGUUAUGAAAAAG